AUAGUGUUUGUUUCACCACUCGUAACAGUUUGGCCUAAGGUUGUACGAUAACAUCGUGGCCUUGAGUUUGCGCCGAAACAACAGCUGCGUAGCACGAACAGUAAUAGACGUACGGCUACGUAUUUUACACUUCCAGUAACAAUAUUGUUGCGCGGCUGCUUCGUUACGCGGUACAAUGUGGUUUCGUGUAGUGUUAAUGCUACUCGCGUGCGUCGAUCUCGCGACGCUGCCCGUGAACAGCGCUCGCAUACUGGCCGUGCAGACGGUUUGCGGCAAGAGCCACUGGAACUUCAUGAGUGGAGUACUCCGGGCUCUGGUAGAAGGCGGCCACACCGUCACUGCAUUCACGCCGUUCCCUGACGGCAACCAGGAGAACUACACCGAAGUGGACAUUUCCAGGGAUAUGUACUGCUUCCGGGAACAAAACCUAAAGGGCGCUGUUGCAAACUUUAGCAGACCUGUCUCAGUAAUCGACUUAAUGGUCUUGUUAAGCAGAGAGCAGUGCGAUACAGUGUACGCUAACGAUCGGAUGAUCGAACUGAUGCGGCAGAACGCCGCUACCCCUUUCGACCUGGUAUUCAUUGAACCACUUAUGUCAGAAUGCGUGUCAUACAUUGCUACCUUGUUGGACGUGCCAGUGAUCUACGUGAUACCGCUGUCCGUGACGAGCUUAAUGGAACACUAUAACACUGGCCACUUUUCCAAUCCCGCCGUCGUCUCCCACGUAUUGGCCGCCUACGGUCUGCCAACUACGUUCGUCCAGCGGCUAACCAACACUGCUAUUUUCGCCUAUGAACUGGUUACCUCCAAGUUCACGAUGUCCCUGGUGAAACGCAACAAUCCCAGACCGUACGAUUUGGUCCCACUUUACAAACCAUCUUUGGUGUUCGUUAACAGCCAUCCCGUAAUGUCCGCGUCGAGUUCGAUAGUCACGAAUGUCAUCAACGUGGGUGGAAUACAUCUGAAUGUCGCUAAAAGCUUACCUAAAGAUAUUUUGGAAUUCAUCGAACAAUCACCGAUUGGAGUAAUUUAUUUCUCAUUUGGUUCUACUACUAAAAUGUCAUCGCUACCGGAACAUAUUAAAAAAGCAUUUUUGGAAGUUUUAGCAGAACUUCCUCAAAGAAUAUUGAUGAAAUAUGAAGAAGAAUUAGAAGAUAAGCCCAAAAACAUAAUGACAAAAAAAUGGCUUCCCCAACGUGAUAUACUACUUCAUCCAAACGUGAAAUUAUUUAUUAGUCAUGGAGGCAUAUCUGGGUUGUACGAAACUAUUGACGCCGGAGUCCCAAUCCUUGGAUUUCCUUUAUUCGGAGAUCAGCCAAGAAAUAUAGACACUUUAGUAAACAAUGGAA